AUGAGUACAACUAGGGUUGAGAUCACCCAAUAUAAUGGGAAGAUCGAUUUUGGCAGUUGGAGGAAGAAGAUGAAAGCUUUGUUGUCCCACAACAAAGUGUCUAUCACGCUAGAGAAGGAUUCCACCAAGUGGCCGGAGGAGAAUCUAAAGAAGAAGGCCGAAGUGGAUGAAGAGGCCUACAAUUUAAUCAUCAUGAACCUUACCGACAGUGUGCUGCAUAAGGUCGAUGGGUUUGAAACACCUAUCGGCCUCUGGGUUAAGCUUGAAUCUCUCUAUUUUUUACAAUCAGCUCCUCAUCUAGCAUACUUAAAAAGUGCACUUUUUUUGUAUAAAAUGGAUAGUAAUAAGACUGUUGAGGAGAACCUUGAUGAGUUCUUGAAAAUGACCCUGGUUCUCAAGGGCAUUGAUCAAGAACUCAAUGACUCCAGCCUUGCCAUGAUUCUUUUAAAUUCCUUUACUGAUGAAUGUCAGGUAGUAAAUAACACUUUGCAGUACAUUGGCACUGUACCUAGUGUAGAUUUAAUUGUUGCUGGGUUAAAAGCUAGGGAGUUAGUUCAGAAGAGGAGUGGUAAUAGCCUAUUUGUUAAGGGUAAGGGAGAAACUAGUCAGAAACAUUCCAACACUGAGAGCAAUUUAGCCACCACCAAACAUAGCAUUGAAGAAUCAGAGGUCCUAACAGUGUCUAAGGUUGAUACUAUAGGGGAAUGGGUGGAUUCUGGUUGCUCAUUCCAUAUGAGUCCAAACAAAAAUUGGUUCCAAGAUUUUGAGCCAAAUGACCUUGAGACUGUGUUUAUGGGUAACAACAAUGCAUGUAAGGUUCAAGGGGUUGGUAGUAUAACUUUGAGGCUGGAUGAUGGAAAACUAGUCAAACUAACUAAGCAUAGGUUAAGUUUUCAUAGAGGGACACACCAGGCCACUAAUUGCUUAGAAUACUUACAUGCUAAUCUUUGGGAGCCUGAAAAGAUAAAAUCUCAUGGGGGCAGCAUCUAUUUCAUGUCUAUAGUGGAUGACUACAGUAGGAAAGUUUGGGUAUUUCUACUUAGAUCUAAAAAUGAGGCUUUAGAAAGGCUUAAGAGUUGGCAAACCCUUGUAAAGAAUCAAGUGGACAAAAAAGUUAAAGCCCUUAGGACAGAUAAUGGGCUAAAGUUCUGCAACUCAGAGUUUGAUAGGUACUGUAGUGAUCAGGGUAUUUUGAGACAUAGAACAGUCAGGGGAACUCCUCAGCAAAAUGGAGUAGCUGAGAGAAUGAAAAGAACGUUGUUGGAAAAGAUGAGAUGCUUACUGUUCACAUCAAGAUUACCCAAGACUUUUUGGGGAGAAGCCCUCAACACUACAACAUAUUUAGUAACAAAAGCCCCUCUAGUGCAAUAG